UGUCAUUGCUUUCAAUGAUGUCCCUGCCACGCCCCGAGAGGCCAUGGAGGAGAUAAGGUAGCCCCUCUCCCCAGACCGGAUGGGGAAACCCAGUUCAAUGGAUACAAAAUACAAGGAUGACUUAUUUCGGAAGUACGUGCAGUUCCAUGAGGGCAAAGUGGACACCCCCUCCAGCAAGCAGCGGCCUGCCAGUGAUGAGUACCUGCGGGUGGCGGCCUCGACUCUGCUCAGCCUGCACAAGGUCGACCCCUUUUAUCGAUUCCGGCUGAUCCACUUCUAUGAGGUGCUGGAUCGCUCCUUGCGCUUGUUGGGUUCCGCCAGCCUGGGGGCCCUGCACUGCGCCUUCAGCUUGCUGGAGACUGUGGGUGUCAACCUCUUCCUCUACCCGUGGAAGAAGGAAUUCAAGAACAUCAAGACCUACACAGGCCCGUUCAUGUAUCACAUCAGGUCGACGUUACUGGAAGAGGAUAUCCGGGCUAUUCUGAAUUACAUGGGCUAUGUGCCUGAGCUGGGGACAGCGUACAAGCUCGUGGGGCGGGUAGAGACGCUCCAGGUGAAGAUGGUCUCCUUUGAGCUCUUUCUGGCCAAGGUGGAGUGUGAGCAGAUGCUGGAGAUCCACUCCCAAGUGAAGGACAAGGGCUACUCUCAACUGGACGUUGUGACUGAGCGCAAGACCAGCACUGACGAUGUACGCGGCUGCUCAAAUGCCCUGCGGUGGCGGGCUGAGGGCAGGGAGCACCUGAGCACUUCAAUGGCCCGCGUGGUGCUCCAGAAGUCAGCCAGUGAGCGAGCAGCCAAGGACUACUACAAGCCCCGCGUGACCAAGCCCUCAAGGUCGGUGGACACCUACGACAGCUACUGGGAGAGCAGGAAACCGCCCCUUAAGGCCUCGUUGAGCCUGCGGAAGGAGCCUGUGGUAGCAGACCUGGGGGAUGACCUUCAGGAUGAGAUCAUCCGUCCAUCCCCUUCGCUCCUGACCAUGUCCAGCUCCCUGCAUGGCAGCCCAGAUGACCUGCCAUCGUCCUCCCCCAGAAAUGGCUCGGGCCUGCUGCGCGGCACAGACUUCUCCGCUCAGGAGGACGUGGACCUGUACACAGACUCAGAACCCAGGGCCACGUACCAUAGGCAGGACGCCCUGCGGCCCGAUGUGUGGCUGCUCAGGAGCGACGCCCACCCCCUCUACCACAAGCGUGCACCCCCUGCCAAAGAGUCUGCUCUCUCCAAGUGCCAGAACUGUGAUCUGCCAUGUAGCUCCACCCUCUGCCUGCGCUGUGACAGCCUGCUCCCCUGCCCCCCGGCCACCAAGCUGGGUGCUGGCCCCAGCAAGGCCACCACCCAUGACAGCCUAGCCCACGGGGUGUCUCUGCGGGAGAAGUAUGCAAGCCAGACUCAGGGCCUUGAGCGGCUGCCACACCUCCACUCCAAGUCCAAGCCCUCCGCCAUGGCCACCUCCCGCUGUGGCUUCUGUAACCGCCCUGGCGCCACCAACACCUGCACCCAGUGUUCGAAAGUCUCCUGUGACAGCUGCCUCAACGCCUACCAUUAUGACCCCUGCUGCAAAAAGAGUGAGCUGCACAAGUUCAUGCCCAGCCACCAGCUGAACUACAAGUCCACCCAGUUCUCCCAUCUCGUCUACAGAUAGACCCACCUUGCAGCUUCCCGCUAAAGGGCUACACCACUGACUUUUCUGUU